CUAUGCCACAAAAAAGUAUACCUUAGUAAGUAGAAAUAUCUUACCAUAGGCAAUAUAGACAAAUUCAACUAAUAUUUCUCUUAAUUAGAUCAUUGUUUUUAUACAAUUACUAUCAUUAAGCCUAUUUCUAGAUUUAUGUAUUUUUUACUGUUAAGCUUUAAAUUGUCUUGUUCUGUUGACAGAUAUUUUUAGGUUAUUUCAAGCAUUUAUUUCUAGAAAAGAAACAAAAUUAUCUGCUAAUAUAAUAAGACAUGUUUAAGUAAAUAGGUCUUGAUAUAGGCUUAAUGAUCUUCUAUUUGUUUAUACACAGAUCAGCCAUAAAAUUAAAACUACUGACAAGUGAUGUGAAUAACAAAUUAUUUCAUUACAAUGGCACCUGUCAAGGAGUGGGAUUUAUUAGGCAGCAAGUGAACAGUUAGUUCUUGAAGUUGAUGUGUUUGAAGCAGGAAAAAUGGGCAAGUGCAAGGAUGUGAGCAACUUUGACAAGGGCCCAAUUGUGAUUGGUAGAUGACUGGGUCAGAGCAUCUCCAAAACAGCAGGUCUUGUGGGGUUCCCACUAUGCAGUGGUUAGUACCUACCAAAAGACGUCCAAAGAAGGACAACCAGUGAACCAGCGACAGGGUAAUUUGUGCCAACGGCUCAUUGAUUGCUGAAAAAGCACCAAUUGCUGAAAAUGUUAAUGCUGGCUAUGAAAGAAAGCAGUCCGAACACGGUGCAUUGCAGCUUGCACAGUGCAUGAGGCUGGGUAACUGUAGAGUGUCAGAGUGCCCAUGCUGAUCUUUUGUCCACCGCCGAAAGCACCUACUAUGGCCAUGUGAGCAUCAGAACUGGACCAUGGACCAAUGGAAGAAGGUGGCCCUUUUUAAUGUUAUGGCCGAUAGGUGUAUAAAAAUCUCAUGAAGGUAUCUUCAUUUGCUAAGUUAGCAUUGUUGCAGUGUAUAACUGCAUCAUCAUCCGGGGAAAAACAGUGAUUUAAUAACUCCAAAGAGACAUGAUUGUUGACCUGCACAAAACAGGCAGUGUAUGUAAAGUAAAAAACAAAACCCCAAAACAUUUAUUUACAAAACUUCUGUAAGUCAUUCUGGAUAAGGGCCUCUACUAAAUGUCAUAAUUUAUUAUACAGUUAAAAACACCACUAAGCCCAAACAGGGCUUUAAAAAUUCAAGUUUUAAAAGUCAAUUAGGCACCACUGCACAAGCUACUUGCCCAAAAAAGUACUUCACUAUGCAUUAUUGGAACAACAAUUUGAUUGGAUUGGAUGUGGUCAUAUGGGACAAAUGUGAAAUGUUUUGACCAUGACCUCCAUCAGGAUGUUUGACUAGAAAGGGGACAAAAUCUUCAUACCCACUGUAAAAUAUGGUUCUGGGGACUGUUUGUCAUUGUCAUGAAUUCUACUAACCCUAAUAUUUUAGCCUGAAAACUGGCUGCCUUUGCCAGGAGGUUACUCUUGUAGCUGGAACUUUGAACAAGACAUCUUUGAUUUGUUCAAAUCUACACUGAAGGUGUUAGCUGGAAUGCAAAUAAAUUUCAGCAGCUGGAUAUCUCAGUAUCUAGAUUUGAAGCCUGUGUAAUGAGCUUGAAAUGUUUUGCAUGGACUAGUGUCUCCAACAUGACCUUAGAAUUAUAAGGGUCUAUCUCCCAUUCAUUCUUAACCCGGAUAAAAUUUUAUAACACUAAGGUCUCCAACCCUAUUAGACAGGCAGAAGCCGCAGUGUUAUUCUCCCCAGGGGUGAAUUAUGGUGCUGUGGAAAAAGUGUGGAUACAAUUUACGCUUCAAUAAAUAACUCAUUUAAAAACUAUUUUGCAUUCAUUCAGGUUGCCUUUGUUUUAUCUUAGAUUUUGUUUUUAUUACUGAAACAAUUUACUAGGAGAUGUACACAUAAACAGAAGAAAUCAGGAUGCGGACAAACACUUUUUCACAGCACUGUACCUGAGUAACAAUUGUUGGUGUGAUGAUCAUUUUGAAAGCAAAAUUUAACCUCAAAAUAUCAUUCAUUGCAUGUGCUAUUCAUUUUAUAUAUUAAUGUUGGCUCAUUUAUCUGAACGGUGCCAAUAAUUCUAUGUAAUAUGAUAGGAGACCAUAGCAUGGGUAUCAUAUGGUUAUUUGAGCGUCCUGGUUUUAAGUUAGCAUUACUAGCUGCUCCUUUUAAGGAUGUUAAUGUAGAUGUGUAGACAACAUAAAGCUCAGUGCUAAUACUAAACUUGUUCUUCAGUCAUUUCUGAACACAGAUUAUUUGAUCAAACUGAAUAGAGUAGUAUCUAGUGUGUGUUAGAGAACAGGAUAAAAAGAAUAUCCAAACCUACCUUUAAUAGUGAAAACUCUUCCAUUAUGGCUCCAUCCAUGAUCCAGUGUGGGGUGAUGAUGCUUGUCUUUGAUUUUGCUUCCGCAGGGCGUGUGCUCUGGAAGUUGAAGGAACGUGUGCAUUCAAUCCAUGAGCAAAGAGCUGAACGGCGCUUGCUAAUAACGCACAAAUCUCAUCUCAUUGAGGGUCAAAUUCACCAGAAACUUGACCAUUUUAAUGGCAAAAACAUGGACACCCUCCCUCAGAAAUUCAUUGUGAAUGAAGCUUACUGGAAAAAGCCUGAUGGUCCUGUGUUUCUCUACAUCAGUGGUGAAGGCCCUCUGUCCAAAUUUAGCGUGUUGGCUGGUCACUAUGUGGCGAUGGCAGAGAAGCAUGGAGCACUGGUGGUGGCACUCGAACACCGUUUCUACGGUUCAAGCAUCAAUCCAGGUGGCCUGGAGCUUUUGAAUCUGCAGCACCUUUCCAGUCAGCAGGCCCUUGCAGAUCUGGCUGCUUUCCACAGCUUUAUCAGUCAGAAAUAUGGCCUCACUGACAAGAACAUCUGGAUCAGUUUCGGGGGCUCAUAUGCUGGCGCUCUCUCCGCCUGGUUCAGGGGAAAGUUUCCCCACCUUGUCUAUGGGGCUGUGGCAUCCUCGGCUCCUGUUCAGGCCAAACUGGAUUUUUCUGCAUAUAACAAGGUGGUGGGACAUAGUCUUACAGAGGAAAGUGUAGGAGGCUCUUAUAAGUGUUUACGCAGUGUUCGGAAGGCCUUUGUGGCUCUGGAGGCAGCUCUGCUUGGAGGGAAAGAGAUGAAGGUGGUGAAGGAUUUCGGAUGCUGUAAUGUGCCAAAGAGCCCAGAGGACCGCACUGAGCUCGUGCAGAGCGUGGCUGACAUCUUCAUGGGAAGUGUGCAGUACAAUGAGGAAGGAGUGAUGCUGACCAUCUCUCAAAUCUGUGACAUCAUGACCAACCAGAGCCAAGAGGAGGUCUAUGACAGGCUGGUCGAACUUGCAGCGAUGUAUCGUGCUAUGGCGAAGGAGCCAUGUCUGGAUAUCUCUCACCAACACACCAUCCUGAACCUGAAUAAAAGCACCAGUGGCAGCUUUGGGUACAGACAGUGGUACUUCCAGACCUGCAGCGAGUUCGGCUUCUAUCAGACCUGUGACGAUGCUAGCUGCCCAUUUGUGCAUGUGCUGACGCUGCAGGACCAUACUCAGCUCUGCCCCCAGCUGUUUGAGAUUCCUGAACACACACUCCCCAUGAACAUCGCUUUCACCAACCAGUACUAUGGAGGAGCUCAGGCCCAAACCCAGCGUGUGCUCUACAUCAAUGGUGACAUUGACCCUUGGAUGGAGCUAAGUAUUGUACGUAAUGGGACCAGAGUGGAUGAGGACAGAGCCAUCGUGAUUCACGGUGCUGCUCACUGCGCGGAUAUGAACCCUACACACUCCGGGGACAAGCCCUCACUACGCCAGGCCAGGAAGGAAAUUGAAAGGCAUGUUGUCAUGUGGCUGAGGAGUGCAGCAUGGGAGUACAGGCCCUGACCAAUCAGCAUGCUUGAAAGCUGAUCACCUGACUGAACCACUUUGCUCCACCGUGACCCUUCUCUUCUGCCUUCUGUCAAAUUAUCUUAUCAGGCUGCUUGUGUGAUGUGAGUGUGUGUAUGCCUGUGUGACUAGGUGUUGGGACAGAAAGUUACUAAAUGUGUAUGUAGUUUGUAUGUCUAUCAGUAUCAGGCCAUCACUGAGAAAGAACUUCCAAGCUGUGUGUGCGUGUGUGUGUGUGUGUGUGUGUGUGUGUGUGUGUGUGUGUGUGUGUGUGUGUGUGUGUGUGUGUGUUUAUAACAAAAAGAUAUUUUAUUCUAUUAGUAUUAGUUCUUGAUUGACAUCAUCAUUAACAUAACAUUUAUAUGACUUCACGGUAAACAGUCUAAUGUACAUAAAAAUGUAACAUUAAGACAAAAAAACAAAACAAAUAAGCAAGAAAAUAAUUAAUUGUGGUGUGAUGAUUAGAUUUGUAUGGUUGUUUUCAUGUUCUUUAACAAUUUAACCGUUACAAAACAAACAGAAAACUGGAAUCAGACUGCUAGCUGUAAACAAUCCAGAUGACGGAUACAGCAUCAUUUUAUUGCGAUGUAUGAUGUAUAGUCACUAUGCGCUAAUAAAACAAGUAAUACUUUUUUA